CACGCAUUACGGCAAAGAUAGACCUUCCACAUGGCCACCUAUUAGAAUAGCUUGUAUUUGGGGGUGGACUUACUAAAACCUCUAUUUAUCCGAAGACAAAAGCCCACAUUUGCACUUUAAAAGGAUUAACAUGGGCAAAAGUAAGACAACAAAGUUUAAACGUCCCCAUUUCAACGCUGUCGGACUGCCGGUGAACGCCGUGAAGGAAGUGGCGGCUGAGGAGGAGCACGGGGACGACGACGGCGACGACUGUCCGGCUGCAGAACUUUUGGAGAAAUUGGAGAGUCCCAGCGCGGACGUACGAGAGCUUGCGUGCGCCAGCAUCUCCAAGGUGGUGCAGCAGAGCCAGACCAUCCCGGGUCUCCUCCAGAGGGACGCUGUGAGGCGACUGGGUCCCAUGUUGCUGGACCGCAGCCUGGCCGUGAGGGAGACUGCUGCCGGAGCUCUCAGGAAUCUGAGCGCGUGCGGAGGUCAGGAGGUGUGCGAGGACAUGGUGAAGCGCGACGUCAUGACACCUCUGACAGCUCUGCUUCGAGAGUGCUGCGCAGGUUUCGAUGGUGCCGCAGUGCAGAUGAAAGACCAGAAGAACCAUGUGGACGACGUCGCCAACGAGGCUGUCAACCUGCUAUGGAAUCUUUGCGAGAGCAGCAACCAGGCGGUUUCCUUGUUCAACAAGUCAGGUCUCCUCGACGUGGUGGUCCAGUGUCUGGAGAGGCACCCGCACAAUGUGGAGCUGGCCACGUCUGCUGCCCACUGUUUGCACACGGUGACAGAGGAUAACCCCGAGCUGCUAUGUAGCAUCAACUGUGCUGUGCACGGAGCCCUGGAGAGCGUGCUCCUGUCAAAACAGCCCAGCAUGGCACACGCCCUCCUCAGGACACUAGCUUCAGGAACGUUGUGGAACAUGAAGGGAAGCCUUCCUGCCGCCCGCCAGGCUCAGACCCUCGCUGCCGUGCUAGCCAACCUGUCCCAGUGCCUGGACGUGGAGGCGAGUGAGCUCAUCCCUCAACUCCGACAAGCGGAAGAGGCGCGCUUCCACGCCUCGUCGGGUACGGAAGAGCAAGUUAAACGUGAGCUCACUGCCGCGGAGGAGAUGGACGACGAUGACGAGGGAGGAGCGCAACGUCAGAACGGGAAAGCCGGAGACGACUUCUCCGAUCUCUUGCCUAGGGAGAAGGAGGAGCUGAGGGAGGCGGCGGCCUUGCUGACGGCCCAGCAGACGUCCCUGGAGAUCAUCGUCAACAUGUGCUGCUCUGACGAUCCCUCCGACGACGAGUGGGAGGAGUCGUCGAGCAGCGACGAAAGCGAAAUAACCGCAGACGGGUUCUCCAAUCUCGUGUCCCCCCCGUGUUUGUCAGCCGAGGUGCAUGGGGCACUCAUCAACCACAACAUCCCCCAAAAGGUGCUUAAAAAGACGCAGUUCCCAGGACAGGAAGCCAUGGACGUGUGUCGACAGACCCCCUACUGGGGAAGCCUCAUAAAGAAGAUGCGGCGGGUUCAGUCGCGGGCUCUGACGUGCCUCCACAGCAUCCUCUCCAGCUUGGACGCCGACUCUCUGGGAGGAGCAGCGGCCCUGCAGGAAGCGGCGCUGCACCUGUCCUCGCUGGUCUUCGGGCAAGCAGAGAUCCCGAGAGAUGAGGAGUUCCUUGAGGCCGUGAUCAGCGCAAUGCGCUCCCUUCUGCAGAUGACCGCCUCUAAAAACAUCCCGCAGGUCAUAAGCGUCCAGCAGCUGAUGAGCCUCAGCGAAGUGGCCGCCCGCUCCCACGUCGUCAGCGUGAGGGUCAACGCUGUCGCCAUCCUGGGCAUCACCGGCAGCACGCUGGCCAAAGAGAGAGGCUCGGCUGAAACCCUUCAGAUGAUCGGGAACGCCUUGCUCCAAGUCGCCACCAAGGACGCCGACCUGGUGGUAAACGGCGAGGCCCUGGAUGCGCUUUUCGACGUGUUCGCGGACGGAGACGAGGCGGAGACGGCGGCGCAGAACAUCCAGCUACUUCCUGCCUUGAAGACGCUUCAGCCUGUCUUUAAAGCCAAGCUUCGUAAAGCAGGAAGAGACGCGUGCAGCCCCCAGCAGCUGUGCGUGCUGAACAACGUUAAAGUCAACCUGAGAAGAUUCGUGGGCUACCUGGAGACGCUGGUGAAGAAAUGAAGCCCACUGAGUGCACCUGCACUCAUACUCGCUCAUUAUUUAUUAGUAUGUUGCUAGCAAACAACACUUUUUCAUUUUGUUUGCUUACUGUUUCACUUUGUGGAGCGGCUAGGAUCCUCCUUUUAGCAUCACAUUUGAACGAGAGCAGCGUUAUCUGAUGUCCUGAUAGGUGCACAAAGUGCCUUAAAGCUGCAUUCUUUUUAAUGGCCAACAGAGGGCGACAUGCUGGUCUUUUAGUUGAGAUACAACUCAGAAAUACACAAAAAUUGCAUACGAUAAGCAACGGUGGAUCUUUGCAUGUUGCAUUAACUUGUUUUAUGAAAAACUUUUUUUUUUUUUUUAAUAUGCCUGCAGUUGAAUCACUUUGUUUGGCAAAUGCGAUGCCUUAAGGAAUUGGAAGUUACAAACGUUAUCGACUGGCUGAAGUUUCUGUUCAAUUUUCACACUUUGCUCCUUGCACACUUUUGAACAGGCAUUACGAAUCAAUCUGUGUAUUUUAUGCUUAAACAUGGCAAGAUUAAAUCAUGUAAAUUCUAAAUGUCCAAUUUUUUUGUGCAGGUGAACACUUUUCAU